UAAUAUUACUUAUUAUUCUAAUAAUUUUAUUUGAACUAUACUAUGGAAUAGCAGAAUAUUUUUUAAAUAAAUUACAUAUGUUUAAUAUUAUGAAAGGAAUUCCUGGACCAAAAGCAUUUCCUAUAAUUGGGAAUGCUCAUCUGUUUACUGGCGACACAACCGCUCUAUUCAAACAAAUGCUAAAUAUUGGUAAGAAUUAUCAAUUAUUGUGGCGUAUGUGGAUAGGCGCGAAAUUAUUUUUAAUAAUAGAGAAUCCUGAAUAUGUCAAGACUUUACUAAAAAGUCCAUAUAUUAUUGAUAAGAGCAAGGAAUAUGAAAAAUUGAAAGUUUCUUUGGGCAAUGGAUUGUUAACUGCUCCAGCAUCAGUAUGGGAUUCACAUCGAAAAGUUCUAAAUAAAAUGUUCCUUAUGAAAAAUAUAGAGUCAUAUAUGGAUGUAUUUGUUAAUCAUUCUGUCGAAUUAAUGGAAAAAUUAGAAACUCUUGUUGGAGAAGAAUUAGACAUUUUUGAUUAUGUCUUGCGUUGUUCUUUAGAUAUAAUAUGUGAUGCCACGCUGAAUACGCAACUAAAUUCGCUGACAAAUCCGGAUUGUAAAUUAGCUGAAUCAAUAAAAUGUGCGAUGGAUAUAGUAACACAAAGAAUCUUUAAAUUAUGGUUACAUCCGAAUAUUAUAUUUUAUAACACUGCUGUAGGAAAGAAAUUUCUGGCGUGCAAGGCUUACCUGGAUAACGUAACAACUAAGAUAAUCAAAGAAAAAAUGGGAUCUAUGUUAAAAAGUAAAAUUAAUCAAGAAUCGACGACGGAAAAGUUAGGACAAAAACGGAAGACAAUUUUCGAUUUCUUAUUCGAGAGAUCGCACGAAGAAGAAGGAUAUACGCAGGAAGAUAUCCGCGAUGAAAUGAAUACAAUAAUUUUAGCUGGAAGCGAAACUACAGCCACAACCAUUAGCUUUGUCCUCUUAAUGUUUCAUUCCCGGAAAUUCAAGACAAAGUAUAUGAGGAAGUUAAUCGAAUUUACUGCUCGGACGAUCCAAAAAAUGUUUCAAUGACAUAUGAUGAUAUUA